AAAUAUUUAUUUGUGCAGUGCAAUAUAGAUACAUAUAUGCAAGGGAUAAUUUUACAAAGAAUAUAUAUUUUUUUAUUUUAAAAGACUUUUUAGAGUUGUAACUGAACAUAUAUUAUUAUGUUCAUUCCUAAAGUUUUAAUAUUAUCCGGUUAUGGCAGCCAGUAGUUCUGAUGAAAGUAGUAGAGCUCCAGAUAAUUUCUGUUUAUCAUCCAAUUGUGAAACACAAAAUAGUUGUUUGAAAUGUUGUUUAUGUAAACGAUAUAAUAAUAAUUUUAUUUGUGCGAAGUGUGUUAAAACUGGGAGCUUUUUCCAUUCCUCACAUCAUCUUCCUGAAAAGUUAUCGGAAAAACAGGAAAAAUAUAUCCAACUGCAAAAUAGAUCAAAAAAUCAGAACAUUGAAUGUGAAAAAUUAAUUCAAAAAUAUCGUGAUAGAGAGAAUUUAAAAUUUGAAAUAAAGAAAAAACAAGAAAAAAUUGCAAUUUUAAACCAUUUGAUAAAAAAUACCAAAGAAAAAAUAAGCGAAAGAAAAAAAUAUAGUGAUAAUUUAGAAUCAAAUAACAACUAUCAACGUAAUAUCCUGCCAAAAUAUAAAGAUAAAGUAAAAAAUUUGGAAGAUUAUGUCUCUGAUCGUUUAACACAAAUAGAAAGGCUAAAGGGGCAAAAGAAUGAUAUUCUGGAGGAAGUCAAAAUCAAAACACAAGCGGAAAUACAAAAAUUAGUUUCAUAUAUUUUUCCUAUAAGUGAAAUAGUUGUAAAAGAGGAGCUGUCGACAACCGAUAGCAGCAGUAGCGGUGGCUUAAGUGAUAACCACAAUACACUAAACUUAGAUACAGGGGGAUCAUUAUCUGAAACAAAAAUUACUUCAAAUCGUGGUAAAUGGAUUCUUCCAAGCACAGCAGGUAGUGAAAUGCAAUAUCGUAUUGUUGCACCCUCACUGCCCGCGAACGGAGAUUACUCAGCCUAUUUGCACUGGUUGGCAGAGAACAAGGAUGAAAUAAAUAAUACAAUUUGUUUAUUGUCUAUGACAACUGCUGCAGCUCAUAGAAUACUAGGAGCUUUGACAUAUACAACUCAAUUGACAAAUAUUCUAAGCUUUUAUUUAAAUGUCAGACUUCCUAACAAAUUAGCUUACGCUGAUUUUACUAGAAGACUUAAUGAACAACAAUUUACACGACGAGUAUCGCGCUUGAAUACAAAUGUGAUGUAUUUAGCUUAUACUCAACGUGUUAAAUUAAGUUCAGCAAAUGAAAAUCACACCCUGGAAAAUCUAUUAGCUAUAAUAAGUACGGAUAAUAAUAAUUUAGGUCAUGUAGGUCCAAAUCAAGUUAAUGAUGCACCAUCUAUUAAUUCAAUUGACUCUAUAUUGAUUGGAAUGGAUACUGGUACUGAAUCAGAAUCAGAAGAUGAAAAUUCCUUACGAUUAGAUUGGGAAGCUGUUUCACCAAGUUUUUCAACGACACAAGAAGUCCCAACUCAACCUAUUCACCCCUUACAAAAUCCUCAGACAACAAGUAUCAUGGCAAAUGCUGCUAACAGUAUAGCUUCAAUUUUUCGUGGAUGGAGAACGUAAAGUCAAUAUUUUACCUAAUUUUAGUUUUAUCUUCUUUAUGCACAUAUUAACAUUUUCAUUUUGCAAAUACAAUGUUUUAAGUCAUAAAUAUUUAUGCGUAAAUCAAAAAUUUUAAGCUGGGAAGAUUAAAAAAAAUUAAUCUAGGAUUUGCUUCCUUAAUAUAUUUUAACAAAGUUGUUAUUAUUUUCUUUUGUAUUUUUUAACAUUAAAAAAAGAAAAUAUUUUUAAAUAUCUCUAAUAAAUAAUUAGUUUAAUAAAUUUUCCUUGUAAAUAUGUAAAUUUAAGAAAAAACAAAGAAAUAUAAUUUAUA